AUGGCCUCCUGUUGACUUGUGCGUCUUGCUCUCCUCCUUCUUUUCCCUUCCACUCUCUUUUUCACGCCCACGAUCCUUACCACCGCGCUGCGAGCUUUUGCUCGCGUCCAGUCUUUCGUCAACGGGUCUCUUGUAGCCCAGUCACUCCUUUUUUGAUUUGGUUCUGCUGCUGUAGUCUUUGUCUCAUUCACUCUUUUUUGGACUAUUCCGUUAACCAUGCAUACAACCGGACUAACAGCCAGCUUGCUGGCCACAGCCACAUUCAUCUCAUCAACUCUUGCUUCGCCAAUCCUCGAGACACGAUCUGUUCCUGCAAAGCGAGCCACCGGGCUGAACCUUGCCGUCUACUGGGGACAAGGACCGAACCAGAACAGAUUGGCAGACUUCUGCCAGGACUCGGCCAUCGAUGUCAUUCCUAUUGGUUUCGUCAACACUUUUCCCGAUCAGGCCGGCAACAAUGGAUAUCCCGGAACGAACUAUGCAAACGCGUGCGGGAGCCCAUAUUGGAUUGCGCCAGAUGGCACCCAGACGAAGAUGUUCACUACUUGUUAUCAGCUGGCGGAGGAUAUUCCCAUAUGCCAGGCAGCUGGAAAGAAAAUCCUUGUCUCUCUGGGAGGCGAUAGUCCUGGCAACUUCAUCGCUUCCACGGCGUCUGCGCAAUCGUUCGCGGACUUUCUUUGGGGCGCAUAUGGUCCACCGCAAGAUACCACGCAGACCACAUUCCCUCGACCUUUUGGCACAGAUGUUAUCGUCGACGGUUUCGAUCUGGAUAUCGAAUCUGGCGGUGACUCGUACUACUCUGAUCUGGUCAACCAGCUGAGAGUCAACUUUGCAACCUACAAUGCAAAGAGCUUUUAUAUCUCUGGUGCGCCACAGUGCAUUGUACCAGAUGCUCAUCUGGGUAGCGCUAUUACAAAUUCGGAGUUUGACUAUGUGUUUGUGCAAUACUAUAACACGGACAGUUGCUCGGCGGCGUCUCUGUUCUCUUCGGGGACAUUGAGCACAACCACUGACCUCUCAUAUGGCUGGGUGAAUUGGCUUGAACAGAACUCCAAGAACAAGAAUGUCAAAUUGUUCGUCGGCCUCCCAGCGUCGACUGUUGCGGCGCAUUCUCAAGACUAUCUCGAUCUGGACGAGGCUAAAUCCCUGAUUACCGCCUAUGCCUGUGGCACUUCAUACUCGUCAAUCUUCGGAGGUGUCAUGUUGUGGGAGGCCACGUACUCGAACAACAACCAAAUCAACGGCGAGAGCUAUGCUCAAAAUAUCAAGGACAUUAUCAACGGUAUUUCUUGCCCUGGUCAGACUACCACGACCACCACAACUACUACAACCUCGAGUACCACAACCACAACCUCAUCGACGACAACGACGACGACCACAACCACCACCACGACAGUAGCGCCAACCACCACUACCACGACAACUACGCCGGCAGCUCCAACAACCACAACUAGCACAACCUCAACGACGUCUACGACUACCACAACCACGACUACCACAACUUCCAGCUCAGCCGUCGGUCCCAUCGGAGGCUCAACGACCAGCACUACUAGCACGUGGACUUGGCCAGCCACGUCCAGUAGCACGACCUCGACAACCACGACCACCUCGAGCUCAGCUGUCGGACCUAUUGGCGGUUCAACGACCACCACCACUAGCACUUGGACUUGGCCAGCUACAUCCACGAGCACAACCACAACCACCUCAAGCUCAGCAGUCGGACCUAUUGGUGGCUCGACAACCACUACCACUACCACUACCACUUGGACUUGGCCCGCCACAUCCAGCAGCUCAACCGCCACCACGACCACGACCUCGAGUUCUCAAGUCGGCCCAGUUAGCGAAACCACCACAUCCACUACAUCCAACUGGGCGUGGACUACUACCACUGCCAGCACCACGACUUCAUCCUCCGUCGUCAGCCCGAUUAGCUACACCACUAUGAGCUCGAUCUGGACCACUGUUCUCAGCGGUCAAUAUACAGUGACCUGGGGUGACUGGCCAACGACCACAACGACCACAACCACCAGCUCUGCCUCGGCCACCGUGGGACCCGACUAUACGGUCACGGUCGUGACGACUUCCUACGUUGAUGUCUGCCCAACAGGAUUCACCACCAGGCCGUUCACUCUGACGACCAGCGUGCCCGUCGCCCCAGCCUCAGCCACACCUACCCCGUUCGUCUGGCCCAUCGGCCCGAACGGCUGUCCACGAGGCUUCACCACGACGGUCACCACGUGUACCGCUUGCGCCGAGACCGUGGUCACAGUCACUUUGACCAUCCCACAAGCGACCACCACAGCUUCCGCCGUCGUCACGCAAACCGUUGUCCCCGUUCAAUCCAGCCCGGCCGGCUUCGCUCAAAUCAGCGCAACUGCAUCAUUCUACACCGUGACAGGGCCUGUCGUCAGCGACACCCGUACGCGUCCUGCCCCUGUAACGCAAACGCUUGAGGCCUCUACACCAGUCGCUCCUGUCGCCGCCACAUCAACGCUAUCGACAGUUAAACAGACUCAGACUCUCGCAGUCUCAUCGGUUGUCUCACCAGCAGGCGAGACCUCCCCAGCCAGCAACAGCGGCUGGCUCGGCGUGUCUGGUUCUGGGUCGACAAGCUCAGGCUCAACCUCGAGCAACCCCGUUUCGCCAGCGAUUGCCACAUUCACGGGUGCCGCCUCGUCGCAACGACUACCCGGCUCGGCGCUGAGCGUUGCCGUAUGCGCGGUCGUUGCAGUUGCCGGCUUGCUUCUUUGAGAGUUUGAGCUGGAGCUGAAUUUUGCAGCCUGAGUUUCGAUCCGUGAUACCCCCCAAGCAUUCAGAAAAUUUCGUCGCAUGGCACGAGGCGGGAAGGGGCCCCGGAAGCAGCGGGGUGAAAGCAUUAGUGUGAGCGAGCAUUUUUAUCUGUGGAUUUUUUUUCAUGUUUAGUUGUUGAACAUAUUUAUUCUCAUAUAUAUAUCCAUCCGGACCUCUGUUAUAUAACAUGAUUGGCAUUUUGUACAUUGUUAUGACAUUGUAUGACAUUGUAUGACAUUGGCAUUGUGAAUGACUGGCAUAUAUACUUUUGAACGGCCCGCCAUAACGAGUGCCAUCUUCAGAGGACCCAAAUGUCUACGACGGGGUUCCUGGCAAUGGGAACCUUGCC